AUGAGCGAUUCAAUGUCAGGGAUGGAUGAUAUGUCAUCUACAUCCGCUAUGGGAGAUAUGAAGAUGUAUUUCCAUGGAUCGAUAGGGACAGAUAUGCUAUGGUUCGCAUCGUGGAUGCCUACCUCUGCAGGCGCGACCGUCGGAGUAUGUAUAGGACUAUUCCUCUUUGCUGUAUUUGAGAGAUACCUGGUAGCAUUUAGGAGGGCUUGUGAUGCCGCAUGGAGGAAGGGUCAACUAGGAUAUCAUCGACCAGUCACUUCAGGCCCUAUACCUUUCACUUCUUCCACCACGACCUCUUCGGGAAAUACGACUUCCCUCCCUCCCCAGCCAAUAUUGACCUCACGUCGAUCAACCAACGAAAAUGAAAAAGAGAAAGACGAUAACACCCUACCGUCAAGUUCGACCACUUCUUAUCCCGUACUCCGCACAGGAGGUUAUGGCGAUUCUGUUCCUUCUUAUUCACCUGACCUCAAUGGUAACGGUAAUGCGAAUGAUACCAGUAACAGUAACAGACAGAGUCAUUUACCUAAGGCGGUAAGGCGAACUUUGGAUCCUGCCCGAGAAGGGAGGUGGAGUAGACCUUUUAGGUGGAGUGUGGAUAUCCCUAGAGGACUGUUACAUGCUUUGCAGACGCUGGUUCAUUAUUUAUUGAUGCUGGUGGUUAUGACGUUCAAUAUCUGGUGGAUCAUCUCGGUGGUGGUUGGUAGUGGGAUUGGGGAAAUGUUAUUUGGGAGAUUCGGGUCCAGUCAUUCGGGGCAUUAA